AUGGUAAUGGCCUCGAUUCAGAGCACUCCGGAGUUCAACGGUAUCGUGACGCCUUGGGCUAGGCCUAAUGGCUGUGUGUGCAUAGGAAUUGGUCAUCCUUGCACGUUAGGCAUAUGCCAAGUAUCGUCUCAGAGUGGAACCGUCUCACGAACUACUAUAACAUCUACCAGACGAACAAUUAGCAGAACAAGAACGACUAUAGUAAGAACAAGGCAAAGACUCCCUUCAGGCAUUUCAUCCGACACUCGUCGCUGCCGACGACCACCGACUCUUACCGGUCUCAUCCAGUUCAUAACGAUUGAUCAGAAUGCCAAUUUCACGGAGAGCAGCAAGACAUUCCCGGCUAGAACGGUCAUCACACAUGCAUGCCAAGACCCCGGAAGGACACGACUGGUGGGGCCAACGACACGAACUUGUAUCAUGGGCGUAUGGACAGCGCCGGCACCAACAUGUCAAACUACGCAGGUCCAGUUAGUGGUGGCGACGACACCACGUCUCCCGCAGUCAUCGACAAGUGACGGUUCUUACGCCAUCUAUCUUACCCCUUACGUCACUAGUGUUGAUAUCUCUUGUAUCAUCAACCAAGGUGGAAGGCCCGAGUUGGUGGCCAAUCAAAUCUCAGAGACAUCACCUCGUCAUGUGAUUUUGAACGAAGUGGACGGAAGCCGACAGAUGACAAAAAUCAGGAUCACAUCUCCAGUCCCGUCUGAUGGCGGGACAUUCACCUGCGUUGAUUUGAGCAGGGCAAAUGAAAUGCAUUCUAUUGAUGUGGUCUUUGAUGAUCAAAGAUACGGACUCCAGGACCCUUGCCCAUCAGAUAUAAUUGUACCUACCGACUUCAACUCUACCCAUACGACGGUAACAUGGGAAAAGCCGUCACUGGUCAAUAGCCAACGCGAUAUUCAAUUGCUUUCAUACUACGAACCCGGCAAUCGGUUUAACCUCGGGAAGACAGAUGUCGUGUACAACGCGUCAGAUCUGCUUGGAAUGGCCGAAGUUUGCGUCUUCACGAUAACUGUCGAAGAUGUGGAGCCUCCUACCAUUCUAGGAUGCCCUGACGACAUGUUCGUUCCGACUGACCCUGGUCGAGCCAUGGCCCAGGUGUCCUGGGUGGGUCCUACUGCAAUCGACAACUCUGGUCAAGUUGAUCUAGCAACCAAAGCUAUUCCUGGUACCUACUAUGGCAUCGGGUCAUUCACGAUUGCAUACACAGCAACUGAUUCAGCGGGCAAUGAGGCAACAUGCUCGUUCAAUAUAAUGAUUGAAGACAGGGAACCACCUCAAGUGACAUGCCCUGAUGACAUUAUUGUGGAUACUAUACCCGGUACUUCGCAUUCCCGUGCGACCUGGUCAAGUCCUACUGUAACAGACAACUCAGGUCGUACUAUCAUCCUGAAAGAUCCUGGUACAGAUGGCGUGUUCAUCUAUGGCAUCUCCAAUCGCACCUACUCUGUGCGGGAUGGCACAGGUAACAUCGCGAAUUGCACCUUUACAAUUCAGGUCAGAGAUUCUGAACCGCCACGCUUCAUGAACUGCCCACGCAGCAUUCGUCGUUACAUCGAAACCUCUCGAGAAAAUACGACCUUUGUCCAGUGGGAUGAACCAAUAGCUGAUGAUAACGUUGGAAUCUCAUGGCCAUGGCACAGGUCACACAAACCUGGAACAAGAUUUGCUGUGGGUGACCACCAUGUCUCCUACGUAGUCAAUGACCUCGCAGGAAAUAACGUCAGUUGUGACUUUGUGGUUUCUAUCAUUGAAGCGAGAUGUCCAUCCGAAAGGACCACGAUAGGAGGAAAGAAUUUCACGUGGUCAUCAACGAUGACCAGUACUCAGGCUGAAUCCGCCGAACGAUGUCCUGUUAAUACUGCUUACGGUGGGCAUCCGGUGGCUGUCCGAUACUGUCAGUUUGACUACACUGAUGUGGGACUUUGGCAAAGGGUGAAGAUCCGAACCUGUGGUAGAGACAUCACCCCUCUUGAUUUCAGGGAUCUAAGUAUGGUGCCUGUUUCAAAGUACAACGUGAAAGAGGUAGCGAAGUAUGUAGAAGCUGUUGUGGUAAAUCAGACUGAAUUUGAGCGAGAGGACAUUAUGUUCUUAUCUGACACACUGCAGAACAUGGCCGAUGUGGAAUCCCCUUCCAAAACAGUUUCCAAUGCAUUCGUUGAGAUAGUUGACAGAGUGGCUGAGUCUGACAUACCGGCAGCUACAAGGGAAGAGGUCGGGCAUGAACUCGGCACUAUUCUUCAAACUCUCGACAGACAGAUUAUGGAGAGCGCCCACUGCGACAAGACGCUUAACAUCGCCACCGCUUUCAUCGCGGUGCGAACCGCGUCGUUUCGUCCUGAUGAUGUCACAAUGGGACUGACGUUUGCGCCUGUGACAUCUGAUAAAGACAAUAAUGGCGAGGAAGGGGAGAAAGAAGAAAUAUUUCUCAGGACCAUUAUCAAGAAUGAUACAGGUCCAAUGCAGAAACACCUGCAGAUGGAAGCAUUUAUUCAACUGCCUUCUGAAGUCUUUGAAGUUGCCUUCAACGGGAGUGCCAUCCCAGUUAGCUUUGUUGUUUACAAAGACGACACUCUCUUCCCAUCCGAGCGCCUUCGUCGUCGACAAGAAAACUAUACACAGAGCUUCUCCCUUGGAACGACUUGGUCCCCUGGUGGUGAUGAUGGAAACGUAGCCCCACAGAUCCCUCGAAUGACCAAGGUGCUGGGACCAAUAUUGUCAGCAUCGGUCGCAGGCGGUAUGACAAUUGUCAAUCUGAAUGAUCCGGUUGUGAUUGAAUUCGGAGCUGAGGAGGGUUUAAAUUAUUCCAACAUUGAAUGUGUGUUCUGGGAUUUCACGUUGGAGCAAGGGAGAGGAGACUGGUCAGACAAGGGUUGCCAAUUUGCAGGGCGUCGCAGUGAUGGAAAUAUUAUCUGCUACUGCAAUCAUUUGACAAAUUUUGCUGUGUUAGUGGAUAUUCACGGUCAAUUAGAUAUCAACCAGAAGGAGAAGUUUGCAUUGGAUCUUAUUACGAGAAUCGGCUGCUUCUUGUCCAUUGCUGGUCUAUCUUUCACCAUCCUGACAUUUCUUUUAUUCAAAUCCCUCCGUACGAAUCGGUCUCGUCAAAUCCUUAUCCACCUCUGUUUCGCGCUCCUCGUCCUUUACGUGGUGUUCAUAUGUGGAAUUGUAGCGACGCGCAUCCGGUAUGCUUGCUUGGUGGUGGCUGCCUUGCUACAUUACCUCGUAUUGGUAACUGUCAUGUGGAUGGGAGUAGAAGCGCGUCACAUGUACGUCAUGCUGGUCAAGGUCUUCAAGAGUGAGAGAUCGAGGUUCGUCAUCAAGGCCGCCCUCAUCGCUUGGGGUAUUCCAGUUAUCCCUGUUACAAUUGCAGUGGGAUUGUCGAUGGAUAGCUAUAAAAACACAGCAUAUUGUUUUCUGAUGCCAAGUCACGUGAUGUACUACGGGCUGCUUCUACCAAUAGGCGUGAUCUUACUGCACAACAUUAUCACAUUCAGUCUAGCCAUUAGAAACUUGCUUUGCUCUGAUAUGAGUGGAAACUCCGUCAAUAAAACCAAACGAGAGCAGGUAAUAUCAAGGCUUCAGAAUGCUGUGUGCAUGUCCGUCUUGCUAGGGUUGACAUGGUCAUUUGGCUUCUUAGCUGUUGGUGAUGCUUCCUUCGCCUUCCGUCUACUCUUCUGUAUCUUCAACAGCUUCCAAGGGUUCAUCAUCUUCGCUUUGUUCUGCAUCCGGUCCAAAGAGGUCCGCAGCGCCUGGAGUUCCCUCUCCAUCAUCGAGUGCAACAUCCGCAGCCAGUCUUACCGCGUCAAGGAGAAAAGCUACCAUGCGAACUCGGAGUCUGCGUGGAACGGCCCUUGCGUUAUCGACUGGGGUGAUGCUCCUGGGUUGGACGCGUAUCUUCAUGCCAACAAACAGAGGUUUCGUGACAGCGCCAAUAGCGACGAGUCAAGGAUCGCUACCUACAGCGUUAGCGCAAGCGCUCUGAAUACGAACAAGAUUAACAAUGGCUGGUGACAGGUCCAAGCAGGAAGCUCAGAAGAAAGCGAUGUAAAUAUAUUUAUUCCAAGGGAAAGAGAUUCUUGAGAAAGAAAUGAUACAGCCAUGAGCAGCUUCCGUGAUAAAUGCAAUCCGGGCUAUUAGAUUAAAACAAAAAGACAGACGUGUCUCGGGUAAUGCUAGCCAAAUUAGACAUAAUAAGAUAUCCUGUAUACAACAAGUAUUAUGAAAUGAAUACAUCACAUUACUACCCUGAUUAGGAAUAUUAUAAUAAGUGUUAUUUCACCAUUCUUUAUCGAUUCUGAUUUCCAGGGGAGAAUUUCUUAUAUGUAUAUAAAGCAAUUCAAAAGUAAGCCAUACCGUAUAUAGACUCUUCCCAUGGAUCUUGCAAUUUUCGUAAUAGUUAUGGUGUAGGUCUAAAAACUUUGGUAUGUUGACUUUUUUCUAUUGUAUGAAAUUGUAUGAAACUGUGAUCCGCAAUCAGAUUGAAUUUUCUUAAAAUGCUGAAAAUAUGAAAUGAUUAAAACUCUUAAAAUGAAUCUCAAAAUAUAAGGCCAUGUUAAGAGAGUAUCUUUCUGAAGUUGAAUUCAUUAAUCAUUAUCAUACACAUCUCAUGGAUCCAAAUUAACCAACUUCCAAAGCAACAGCCAUUACACUGCAAAAACUCCGGUGUUUAUUUACCAGCAGCCCGGAAUAUACAGUAUAUAAUUACGUUCACACCAGAGAAGUGUUAAACAACACCAGUUUGGUUUUGGUCUAACACAAAAUAGGUGUUUAUGCAACAUCAAUUAAUGUUAAAACAGCAUCGGUUUGAUUCCAAACUAGUGUAUCAAAGUAAUUUUUAAACUUAUUGAAUCACGUAUCUAAUUUUUGUUCUCUCUAUUUUGUAGUUGUAUUCGAUAGGAAAGAUGGAUUUAA